GUGUCAGUGGAAAGUGGGGGUGUCUUUGAAUCCACUCCUUUUGGUGGGGUCAAGGAGGUUCUCCUUCCAAAGUACCAAAAAGGUCUCUGUUUGGAUGUGAGCAAGAUCACCAAGACAUCUCUGCUGAUCAAAGCUCGUUCUGCAGAACUGGAGAUGGAGAAUGAGGUUGGGAAAUCUGUGGAUAAGCAAAUGGAUAAAUACAUAGUGACCAUAAUGGGGAAAUCAGAAAGCCAAAUGGAUAUUGUGGAGAAAACGACCAGAUCUGGGCAGAAGUCCUGGAGCUUGGUUGCUCUCAGCUUGACUGUGCUGCUAGUCCUCAUGAGCUGUGCUGUGGUUUCCUUAGUAAUCCUCUACUUGAAAAGCAGAGAGUUACAGUAUGGUGCCAGUCCACAGAACGUAUGCACCACCCGUGGGUGUGUAACAGCAGCUGCCAGAAUAAUUCAGAACAUGGACCCCACGGCAGAACCUUGCCAGAAUUUUUACCAGUAUGCCUGUGGAGGCUGGCUCAGUCGUCAUGUCAUCCCAGAGACCAGUUCAAGAUACAACAUCUUUGACACACUGAGGGAUGAACUGGAGAUUAUUCUCAAAGGUGUGCUAGAGACACCAGAGCAGGAAGAUCGGGAAGCCUUCCAGAAGGCGAAAAUGCUUUAUAGAUCCUGUAUGAAUGAAAGCACCAUAGAGCAACGUGACUCAUUGCCUCUGCUCGAGGUCUUGCACACGGUCGGAGGCUGGCCAGUGGCUUCUGCAGACUGGAAUAUUACAAACGAGCCAAACUGGAAAAUAGAAGACAAGCUUGCCUUAUUGAAUUUUCAAUAUAACGCACGGGUCCUCAUUGACAUGUUUGUGUGGCAUGACGACCGGGAUUCCAGCAGAAAUAUAAUUUAUAUUGACCAGCCUGGGUUGGGAAUGCCCUCAAGAGAUUACUACUUUAGUGAUGGCAACUACCAAAGAGUGAGGGAAGCUUACUUCCAGUACAUGGUCCUCAUUGCCAAAAUGAUUAGAGAAGAUAUGAAUGUGUCCAAAGAUGACAACUUUGUCCAGGAAGAAAUGAGAAAGGUUAUGGAAUUUGAAACAGAUGUAGCAAACGCUACGGUGCCUGCAGAGGAAAGGCAUGAUGCGACUUUGCUAUACAACAAAAUGACUGUUGCUGAACUCCAGAACAAGUUUGAACUAAACGGGUUCAAUUGGACACUCUUCAUCCAAAAUGUAAUGUCUUCGGUUAACAUUGAGAUCAGUCCCGAUGAGGAGGUGGUCGUGCACGGAAUGCCGUAUCUCCGGGAGCUAAAAGAUGUCAUCGCCAGUUAUUCAGCCAGCACAAUCCAGAACUAUCUGGUGUGGCGCCUGGUACUUGACAGAGUCAGCGGUUUGAGCCGGCGUUUCAAGGAGGCCAGGGCAAACUACCGAAAGGCACUUUAUGGCAUGAUGCUGGAGGAAGCUCGGUGGCGGGAAUGUGUGAGCUACGUCAACACCAACAUGGAGAAUGCAGUGGGAGCUAUGUAUGUUAGAGAGACUUUUGCUGGCAAGAGCAAAAGUAUGGUCCGAGACCUCAUUGAGAAAAUUCGUGAAGUGUUUAUCGAGACACUGGAUGAAUUGCAGUGGAUGGAUGAAGCAUCGAAAGGGAAAGCUCGGGAGAAGGUGACUGCAAUUAGAGAGCAGAUAGGUUACCCGGACUACAUUCUCGAAGGUCAGAAUGAAAAGCUAGAUCGGGAAUACACAAAUCUGAACUUCAGCGAGCAUGAGUACUUUCAAAACAUCCUGCAAAACCUCCAACAUGGAGCUCAGAAAAGCCUGAGGAAGCUCCGGGAGAGGGUUGACCAAGACCUAUGGUUAAUUGGUGCUGCAGUGGUCAAUGCCUUCUACUCCCCUAACCGGAACCAAAUUGUAUUCCCAGCUGGGAUCCUGCAGCCUCCCUUUUUCAGCAAGCACCAGCCACAAGCCCUCAACUUUGGAGGUAUUGGGAUGGUAAUCGGACAUGAAAUCACGCAUGGGUUUGAUGACAAUGGCAGGAAUUUCGACAAAGAGGGCAACAUGUUUGACUGGUGGAGCAACUUCUCUGCCACGCACUUCAAGGAGCAGUCGCGCUGCAUGAUCUACCAGUAUGGCAACUACACCUGGGAGCUGGCCGGGGGACAAAAUGUCAGUGGAAUCAACACACUCGGAGAAAACAUUGCCGAUAAUGGAGGCGUCCGUCAGGCCUACAAGGCCUAUUUGAAAUGGGUGGGAAAAGAAGGACAGGAACCAAGAUUGCCUGGUCUUGAUCUAACCCACAACCAGCUCUUCUUCCUCAACUUUGCACAGGUGUGGUGCGGUUCCUACAGGCCAGAAUACGCCAGCCAGUCUAUUAAGACUGAUGUCCACAGUCCACUGAAAUACAGGGUGAUGGGCUCCUUGCAAAACUUUGAAGCCUUUUCUGAAGUGUUUCACUGCAAAAAGGGCACCGCCAUGCACCCAGCUGAGAAAUGCAGGAUCUGGUAGCCAAAGGACUUGGGCCUCUACAAUCAGACCUCUGUUGUCCGAAUUUGUUCGGGUUUCGCCAAUGACGUGCCUGGUGGUCUAUUUUGUCUCUUCCCCUUGCCUGCUCCAGUUCAAUCACAGCCACGGUUUACGGUGCAAGUAUCACAGCAAUGGUGGGUCAAGCUACAGUUGUGCAUGCGGUGAUUCAAAAGUGGACUAAGCACUAGUGUUUUGACAUGCCACCUGUGUUGCUGCAGGAAAGAAAGAAAGAAAAAAAGACUUUCUCAA